AUGGAGGAGGAGGACGACGAGGCCGGGCCCGGCCGCGGCCCCCACACCCCCGACCGCGCCGGGACCCCCGACGACGACCCCCAGCCGCCGCCCUCCGUCGCCCUGCCGAUGACCCUCCGCCCCGCCCGACGGCCGGACGAUGGACCCCGCAACAAAGACGCCUCCCGGGGACCCCGCCGGAGACGCUGCCGCAGCCCCCGGACCGAGCCCGCCCCGGGCGCCACCGGCCGGGCUGACCCCGCCGACCCCGCCGCGGUCAUCGGCCUGGCGGCCGGCAGCCUCCUAGCCGGACUGGUGGGCGUCCUGGAGUCCCCGGAGGCCUGGGUCCCGGCCCGGCUGGAAGCCCUCCCCCUGGACGGGGACGAGGCCGGGGAAGAGCUGGAGCUGGUGGCCGAGGUGCGCAUGGGGGACGCGGGGCCGCUGUCGGCCGCCCGCCUGCUGCCCCGGGCCCGCCCGGGGAGGUCCGGGAAGACAGGUACCGGGGACGGGCGGGCGGGGCCCCCGCCCCCGGUCGCUGCCGCCGCACCCCCUGGUGACGCUGGGCACCGGGGAGCAGGGGGCGGCCGGAGGGGGCUGCCCCCCGGAAAGCCAGCGCCCGGCCCCCCCCCUUGGAGAAGGCCGACUCCUCCUCUUCCUCCUCCUCCUCCUCCUCUUCCUCCUCCUCCUCUUCUUCCGCCUCCUCCGCCUCCUCUUCGGCCUCCUCGUCCCAGCGGCCGCCCCAGCCCCCCCACGCAGGACAUCUACGACCCUUUCCACCCCACGGACGAGGCCUACUCGCCGGGCAAGGAGCCCCCCACCCAGAAGUACGACCCGUUCGAGCCCACCGGCUCCAACCCCAGCUCCUCCGCCGGCAGCCCCUCCCCGGGCGAAGAGGAGGAGGAGGAGGAGGAGGAGGAGGAAGAAGAGGAGGAGGAGGAAGAGGAGGAGGAGGAGGAGGAAGAGGAGGAGGAAGGGGAGCGGUUAGCGCACAGCAUCAGCCGCAUCUCGGAGACCCUUGCCGGUAUCUACGACGACAACAGCCUGAGCCAGGACUUCCCGGGGGCCGAGAGCCCCGGCCAGGCCCCCGCCGCCGCCGCCCCCCCGGACCCCGCGCCCCCCGGCCCCGAGCCCCGAGCCGACUCCACCCGGGCGGACGCCCCCCCCCGGCGCCGGGUCUUCGUGGUGGGGGCGGAGGCCGAGGUGGCGCCGGAGGGCAAGGUGGCGCUGGAGGUGGUGGCGGCCGGGGCGCCCUACCCGGUCCGCCCGGCCCGGGACGACUCGGAGAUCGAGGAGGGGGAGAUCGUGCAGCCCGAGGACGAGCGCCACAGCCCCGUCCGCCUCUUCCGGGCCGGGGCGGCCCGCCCCCGGCCCCCCGCCGCCGGGCCCCCGCCCCCGCCGCCGCCCCCGGCCCCGGCCCGGGGGCCGGAGGGGGACGACUUCCUGUCGCUCCACGCCGAGUCGGACGGCGAGGGGGCCCUGCAGGUGGACCUGGGCGACGGGCAGGAGUCCCGUUGGGGCGGCCUGGACCUGCGCCGCAAGAUCCUGACCCAGCGGCGGGAGCGCUACCGCCAGCGCUCGGCCUCGCCCGCCCCGCCGCCGCCGCCCCGGAGCCGGGACCCGAAGCCGGCCAGGGAGGCGGGGGCCGCGCCCGGCCCGCCGCCGCCCUCGUCCUCGCAGGCCGCUUGGGACCCCAAGGCCCGCCGCUCCCGCGAACGGCGACCCGCCGGCUCCCGCGCCUCCCGCCAUCGCUCGCGCUCCCCUCGCUCCCCGCGCCUCCGCUCCUGGUCCCCGGCCCCCAGCCCCAAGCGGCGCCGGCGGCGGCGGCGGAGCCGGCGCUCGUCCUCCUCGCGGCGGGAGCGGCGGCGGGCCCGCCACCACGGCGACAAGAAGAAGAAGAAGCGCUCGCGCUCACGGGGUGAGAAGCGGCCGGGCAGCGGCCGCCGGGAGUCCGGUCCGGACAAGGCGGCCCGCGGUGAGCGGGAGAAGCGGCGGGGGGACGGGCGGGGCGUGGUGCCCCCGUCCAUCCAGGACCUCACGGACCACGACCUCUUCUCCAUCAAGCGCACCAUCACCGUGGGGCGCGCCGAGAAGCCGGGGCCUCCGGCGGCGCCCCCGCCGGCGCCCGCCCCCGGCCCCGCCGGGGCCAAGCGCGAGGUCCUCUAUGACUCGGAGGGGCUGAGCUACUCGGACCGGGAGGACCCGGGGGGCAAGGGCAAGGUCGGGGACAGAGAGCGGCGGAGGGGUCACCUGGCGGCCGCGCCCGCCAGGGACAAGACCGCCAAGAAGGCGGAGGCCGGGGGCAAGGGGCGGGCGGAGCGGGACAAAGGCGUGAAGAAGGGCAAGGCCGGGGCCGGGGGCGGGCGCCGGGACGGGGCGGGCAAGGCGGGAGCCGGCAGCGGGCGCAAGGUGAAGCUGCAGUCCAAGGUGGCCGUGCUGGUCCGCGAGGGCGUGAGCAGCACCACGUCCGGCAAGGAGCCGCCCGGGUCCAUCGGAGUCAAGUUCAGCCGCGACCGCGAGAGCCGCUCGCCCUUCCUCAAGCCCGAGGAGAAGCCGGAGCCCCCCGGGCCGGAGGCCGCCCGCCCCGCCGGCCCGGCCAAGGCCAAGAAGGUCAAGGCCAAGGCCAAGGCCGGCCUCAAGAAGGCCAAGGCCGGCAAGGGCAAGGCCCCCGCCGAGGCCAAGCGCAAGAAGAAGGCCAAGCCCAAGGGGGCCACGCUGAAGAAGUCCAAGGCCGACAGCUGCAGCCAGGGGGGCCCCCAGGCCCCCGGCGGGGGCGAGGAGCCCUCCUGGUCCGGCUCGGAGCGCUCGGCCAAGCCGCCCAGCCCCCCGCAAGCCAAGCCGGCCGCCCCGCCCGCCCCCGCCCUCACCCCCGACUCCCAGACGGUCGACAGCAGCUGCAAGACGCCCGACGUGUCCUUCCUGCCCGAGGAGCCCGCGGCCGAGCCCCCCAGCACCACCACCGCCGGCGCCGCGGCUGGCGCGGGCGGGGGCGGAGCCCCGGACCCCGGGGCCGAGGAGGGCGGGGGCGCCGCGCGGGCCCCUCUCCCCCCGCCCUCCGCCCCCCAGAUGCCCUGGAACCUUCAGGCCGGCGUGGACUGCGCCACCAGUGGCGUGCUGGCCUUGACCGCGCUGCUCUUCAAGAUGGAGGAGGCCAACCUGGCCAGCAGAGCCAAAGCCCAGGAACUGAUCCAGGCCACAAACCAGAUUCUGAGCCACACGAAGCCGUCCACCUCUCUGGCCGUCUCCCAGGCCGCCCCUCCUCCCUCGUCGGCUGCUCCCCCGCCCCCGGUCCCUCCCGGCUACUUGCACCACGGCGGGCUGCCCCUGGGAGGGGCCACGCCCCCCACCCCUCCCGGCCUGGCCGGGCCCCCCGGACCCCACGGACCUCUUUUCGGCCCCGAGCCCGGCAAGCGCGAGGGCAGCAGCAGCUCCGACGGGCACAUGGACACCGAUAAGUACCUAAAGAAGCUGCACACCCAGGAACGGGCGGUGGAGGAGGUGAAGCUGGCCAUCAAGCCCUAUUACCAGAAGAAAGACAUCACCAAGGACGAGUACAAGGAUAUUCUGCGGAAAGCUGUGCACAAGAUCUGCCACAGCAAGAGCGGGGAGAUCAACCCGGUCAAGGUGGGCAACAUGGUCCGAGCCUACGUCCAGCGCUACCGCUAUUUCCGCAAGCACGGCCGCAAGCUGGGCGGGGAACCCGGGGCGCGGGCCCCUCCCCCGGUCCCGCCUGACCAGGGACCCCCCGCCCUCCCCAUCCCUCCCUUGUGA